CCUGAUAUUUUGUGAUAAUAAUUUGGUUUCAAAAAUGUUUUAAUAAUAAAAAAACAUGGAAAAAGAGGUUACAACUAAAGCCGAAAGCGUUAAGAAACCAGCUCGCUUUUCGGUUGAGAAAAUCGUGCGUUAUACUUUAGUGAGUCUUAUAGCCCUCUCCCUCGGCUAUCUUCACUACCUCUACGUCUCCACACUCUUCGAGAAUGACCGCAACUUCUCCCACCUCUCGACGAUGGAACGGGAGAUAUCUCUCCGGACCGAGAUGGGGUUCUACUACUCGUACUACAAGACUAUAGUGGAGGAGAGACCGUUCAUCGCUGGUGUGUCGAAACUCAUGUAUGACCGGCUUGUCGAGUACCCGAAGGAGGUUAAUGCGUUUAACAGAUUCAACAUUGCUCCGGAGGUACUAAUAGGAGCGAUGUACCGCUACCUAGAGCCUUGGUUGAACACCUCGACGUAUCGGCAGUGUCACACGGUGUACCGCGGGGAUGAUGUAGAUCCGGUGCAGAGUUGCGUUGGUCUCGGGGAGCCGAUGUUGUUCUACUUAGAGGCUGUGUGGUACUUGGCCGGGUUCCUGGUUGUUGCUCUGUUCUUCUCGGCUUAUAGUUUGAGCAACAGCGUGCUAGGGGGGCUGCUAGCCGUCGCGCAGUAUUUCGCGAACCAUGCUGAGUGUACCCGCGUACAGUGGGCCCCGAACGAGCGAGAAAACAUGGCGGCACCAUUACUGAUACUACAAAUGGGGCUAGUUGUAACACAGUUACGAAACGGUCGCACCAACUGCCGUCUGCAGGUCUCAGUCUUCAUAGUAAACUGCCUAUGCCUUCUAUUCUGGCAGUUCACCCAAUUCAUAUUCCUCACACAAACCGCCAUUUUCUUCCUAAUGGAACAACUCAAAAUAAUAGACUUAAAGUCCCUUUGCAUCUUCCUCCACUCACAUUUCUGUGGUCUCCAUAUGGCUGUUCUACUACUACAAGGGAACGAUAUGUUGAAAACAUCGCUAUAUACGUCGUUUUUCUUAGUCGUUUCUACUUAUUGCUUAUUUUUUAGUACAUUUAGAAUAAAAGUUCAGAAUAAAUUAGAUUUAUUUGUUGAAUCUUGGUUAGUUGUUCUAAGAUUAUUAAUAGUAGUAACUUCAUCAUUUUAUUUAAAGCAUUUAUUGUGCGAUUUUCUUGAAAUAGAAGAUGAUACCCAUAUAUGGGAUAUCUUAUAUUCCAAAUUCACAAAUUAUAAGAAUUUCCAUACAUUAAUGUACACCUGUUCCGAAGCAUUUGAUUUUUUGCCUUUUAGUACCAUAGUUAGUUACACUAAAACCUGUUUGAUACCUAUGGUUGUGUUUGGUGUGGGUGUAACUGCGUAUUCGUGGUUUAAAGAAGAGAAGAAGAUGGUUAAAAAGGAGGUUCUAGAAGAUGAGGAUAGCGGGAUUGAGAAUAAUGCUGAUAGUAAGGAGAAGACCGAAGUCGAACUAGACCCAACCGACCCCACAAUCCGUUACCUCCGGCGUCUAAAAAUCGAGCCGGCUGCGGUGUACUCGGUAGCUCAGUUGUGCGUCUCCGCGGUACUGGCGGGGCUCGUCAUGCGGCUAAAGCUACUAUUCGGCUCCCAGCUGUGUCUCGUGAGCGCGCUAGCUGUCUCCGCUAGUCACAAGGUGCCUCCAUCGUUCCAAAAGUACUUGCCGCUGUGUUGGGUGGCAGGAAUUGCCGCGCUGACUCACCGUCUUAUAGUCAAUAUGAGCGUCGAAAUGUCACAUAUAGGUGAAUUCAGCGAUUUCCAACAAGAGGAGCUGCUGACCUGGAUCUCAAAGGAAACUGGGACAAAAGCGGCCUUCGCGGGCUCUAUGCCCAUACUAGCCACAGUCAUGCUGGUCACGCGGCGGCCUGUCGUCGCUCACCCGCACUAUGAAAAUAAGGAGGCCAGAGCUCGCGCCUAUUCAGUCUACAAAACGUACGGUAAAUUCACAACGGAAGAGCUGUACAAAGAACUGACGGCUCUCAAGGCGAUCUACCUCAUUGUAGAAAACAAAUACUGCUACGGCAGGAGUCGAAAAGGCUGCUCAUUCGAAGACAUCUGGAACUCUGAGUACCCCGGUCGGCGCGGGCCGCGCGCCUGCCACGAGCUGCUCUCAGGGACAGUCGACCACUUCUACCCCGUGUUCAGGAACAACCACUACGCUGUAUUCCGCCUGCACGACUACAGUGUCAGGUACAUGCCUCGGAGUUUUGACACCUGACAGCCGGCCGGGAUCGAUGAUUUGGCGACACAUCAGUUAGAGUGAGACGAGCGUAUAUUUCUCUCUCUCUCACUCACACUUAAGGACAUAGUGAAUAAGUGCUAAUAUUAAAGGACUGACUUGUAAUGAAAAUAAUUGUUAAGUGUUAAACUAUACUAUUAGCGAUUUGAAAUUUUUGAAAUAUAAGGUAAAAUGACCUGUUUUUGGGCAUUUUUGCAAGAAAAGAAAAAACUUUCUAAAAUAGGUAAAUCUAAUGUUUUUCCUACUCAGAAUCACGAGCCCUUUCGAUCCUACAAGGUGAAAAAGUGUUCCAAAUUUAAUUUUUCCACUUCGUUGCCAU